AUGGCGGGAUAUCCGCACUGUUACAGGACGAUACGUAGUCAAACGAAAACUACGAAUUCUGUAUAUGGAGAAUUUUUUGAAGCAGCACAAGCCAUGAAAAUAAAAAUACAGCCAGAGCUGUUGAAAAUUUUACAGUAUGUCGAUUCAAACAGAAAGAAAUUUUAUGAUGAUCUGGCAGAGGCUGUCAAAAUUAAAUCUAUCACUUCAGAACUAAAGUACAUUGAGGAAGUUAAAAAAAUGCAUAGAUUUGUAGAAGAUUGGUUACUGAAGCUUGAAAUGAAAUAUGAAUGUUUCAACAUUGGUCAUUAUGAAAUCGAAGGAAAGAGAAUCAAAAUACCCACAAUGAUACUAGCGUUCCUGAAAACUAGUGCAAAUAAGAAAACAGUUUGUAUAUAUCUCCAUCUCGACGUACUUAAGCCGGACGAAAGUAAAUGGGAUACAGAUCCUUGGACGCUAACUACUGAAGAUAAAAAAAUAUAUGGUUGCGGUGCAGGGUGUGGAAAAGGACCUAUGAUGGCUUGGUUUCAUGUUAUAGAAGCUUUUAAAAAGUCUGAUUUAGAGUUUCCUGUAAAUUUGAGAUUUGUAAUUGAAUCAAUGCAUCACGAGCAUAGUCUGGGUCUUGCCGAUUUCAUAGAAUCAAGAAUGCAAGAUCUCUUCAGUGGAAUUGAUUGCAUCGUUAUGAGUGAUUCGGAAUGGUUAGGAGAAAAACAUCCUUGCAUUGUUUACGGCUCAGCAGGUAUCUUACAUUACGAGGUAACUGUGGAGAAAACAGAGCAAUCUAAGACAAACGUUAAAGAAGACAUGGAAAACAUUUUUAAAACAAUCACGGAUGAGGAAGACAACAUUUUAAUAAAAGGAUUUCACGAUUAUGUAAUACCGGUCUCACCAGAUGAGGAGCUAAUGUAUGAAUGUAUUCAAGAAUUUGAUCCGGAAGACAUAAGAGAAUCACUGCCACCGCAUAAAAGAGCAUGGGACAAAGUAAAACUUCUAAUGAGUUUCUGGAGGAUGCCAUCUAUUUAUGUCGAUGAGAUACAGGAAUGCAUUUGCGACAAAAAAGAUACAUCUGUAGUUAAAAGAUAUUUCCUAUUAAAAAUUGUGCCUAAACAAAUUGUGAGUAAAGUGGAUUCGCAGGUCAGGAAACAUAUUCAGAAUGCGAUCAAAGAAUUGAACAUCGAGAAUAAAGUAACUAUUCAACUGCUGAGAUCUAUACGACCAUGGCUUGAAAAUUUUCGAACACCACACUUCAAAGCUGCAAAAAAUGCGGUUAUUCAGAUUUAUAAAGAGAACGCCAAUAUGAUUCGAGAAGAUAGAGAAAGGGAGAGUGUUGCAAUUUUUAAUACAUUCCUAGAGAGACCAAUCUUGCUCCUACCGCUUUGCAACAAAACAUCAAAUCUAAGUGAAGAAAAUGAAAAUAUAUCAUAUAGAAACUACUAUGAAGGAACAAAACUUAUAGCAGCAUUUUUGUAUCAGUUUUCUUAUGUAAAAGAUAAAAAAUAA